AUGGCUGGUAUAGAACAGCAUGAUAUCGCCAUCAUUGGUGAUGGUCCUGUUGGACUGACAUGCUCGAUCUUGCUAUCACUUCGCGGCAUCGACAAUGUCGUCUUCGAACGCUACCCAGACACUUCUAUACAUCCAAAAGCAUGCGGUAUCAACCAAAGAACAACCGAGAUCUUUCGGAUCAUAGGCAUAGAAGACGAAGUAUACGAGCAUUGCGCACCACCUGAAAUUGCUGGUAGGACUGCUUGUUAUACGUCUCUGGGCGCCGAGGGUCGAGAGAUUGUGUCUCGUGACGCGUGGGGUGGCGGUAUCUAUGCAGAGGAGUAUGAGAGACUUUCAUCUUCACGCUACUGCAUUCUGCCACAGAUACGGUUAGAGCCAAUAUUGAGACGCAUAGCUGUGGCGCUGAACCUGGAUGGGGUCAGAUAUGCUACUGAAGUUAGGGACUUAGAGCAGUUUGAAGACCAUGUCAAGCUGACAGUACGAAGCCGUGACGAGGACUAUAGUGUCAAAGCGCGAUCUUUCAUAGCAGCAGAUGGUGGUCGUCCUUUCACUACCAAACUCGGUGUCUCCUGGCUUGGUGAGCGCAACAUCUUUGAUAUGGUCUUCGCACAGUUUAGGUCGCCCCUGCGCAGCCUCCACCCCGAUCCACGAAAUUUCAUCACCUGGUCUACUAAUCCCAAAAUGGGAGGAAGUACAAAGACCGGCUAUCUGUAUCAGAUAGGUCCGUGGCCGCUGCAACCUGGCGAAGAAGAAUGGGUAUUUGCAUGCGGAGUAACCGAACACGACCCAGAACGAUUCGACCAACAAACGAUGAUCGACAGACUUCGACGCACAUUGAACAUCGCCGAUUUGCCAGUCGAGCUGCGUAGCUUCAGCCACUGGAACGUCAACGCCAUCUCCAGAAUAAUAUCACGUCGAUAG